AUGGGGGGUGGUGAUCCUGCGGUUGGGUCGGGCGCAGGGGGCGGUGCAGGGGGCGAGGUGGAGGGACAGGAUGCUAUGGCGUUGCCUGUCACAUUCGCGUCAACCGCGCUCGACAGCCGCUUUCUUCCCAGUUCCUCCGAUCCAUCGUCUUCCUCAUCCUCUUCAUCAUCAUCAUCAUCAGCAGCAGGGGCAGCUGUGUGUGCUGCAUUUCCCUCUCACCCUACAGCCCCCUCCUCCUCUCGUCCUUUUAUUUCUCUCGACCACCAGAACCAGCUCUUUCAAGUGCUGGGAGCACGUGGUGCUGCAGCUCCAGGGGGUAAGGAAGUGGAAGUGGUGGCGUCGGGGGAGGAUGUGCGAGUGAAAGCGGAAGGGACGGGAGGGGAGGCGUGUGCGUUUCAGCAGGAGGAUUGGGUGGGUGGAGGAGGGGAGGGGGCGGAAUUGGGUGUUGUGAGGCUGAUUAAGGAUGGCGCUCCUGUCUCUGUCAAUCGCGUAGCAGCAGCUCCCAUUGUCGCUCCCCGCGGACUCGGGGUGACUGCCCUCCUUGGCUUCAACAAAACCGCUAUUCCCGCUAAGUCCGCACCCGUUAAGAAGCAGCUCCGUACAGAAGAUGGCAUUUUCGGCACAUCCGGCGGCUUCGGCUUCACGAAAGCCAACGAGCUCUUCGUCGGCCGCGUGGCGAUGCUUGGGUUCGCCGCGUCGUUCCUCGGCGAAGCGGUAACCGGUCAAGGAAUCCUUUCGCAACUCAACCUCGAGACCGGAAUCCCCAUCACGGAAGCCGAGCCGCUGCUCCUCUUCUUCAUUGCAUUCACCGUACUCGGCGCGAUCGGCGGGUUGGGCGACCGCGGGCGAUUCGUCGACGACGAGGCGCCUGCGGGUCCGCCGGUGAAGCCAGGGAAUUUCAAGGCCGCGCUUGGGCUGAGCGACGACGGGCCGCUGUUCGGGUUUACGAAGGCUAACGAGCUGUUUGUGGGGCGCAUGGCGCAAUUAGGGUUUGCGGCGAGCUUGAUCGGCGAGGUGAUCACCGGAAGAGGCGCUUUGGCGCAGCUGAAUAUCGAGACUGGGUUACCGAUUUUUGAGUUGGCGCCGCUGCUGUUGGCGAGCAUCGCGUUCUUCUUCGUCGCGGCUAUUAAUCCCGGUACGGGGAAGUUUAUUAAUGAUGAAGAGUAG